AUGGGAGCAAUCGAUCGGACGGAGGAGUUCCAGAAAAUUCUGGAGGGCAUGGGUGUCAAUGUUGCAAUCGGGAAAGGUAUAAUUAACUCUAGGUGUCAUUGUCCAGGUAGGUUUUCAACAUCUCGUGGCGGACUAAAGUGAGUGUGCAUUAUUUGCACGUUUUUUGAACGAAAAAAUGAAAAAUAUGCAAAAAGACAAAAACUUUAAAGCAAAAAUUACGUACACAACAGCAACCUCGAGCAGCAGCGACAACCGCAUGCCGAACGCGAUCUACAUGGCAAGCAGUGAAAUUGGUCGGGAUAUCCAACUGAUGCAGAACCAAAUAGACGAGCUGCGAAAAGUCGCGAAAAAGAAAAACAUUUUUGACGACAAGAGCUCGAAAAGCGACCAGCUCAUCGUGUCAAUAAAACAGGUAAAAGUCGAAAUGUGAUUCGCAUGCGUGAUGUACAAUUGGUGAAUAAUCUGGGCAAGCUGUGUUGAUCUUACUCAAUAUCAUCCGCCUAAGUAUCUAUUCUUCCCCGACUAGAAUGAAAAAAAAUCAAGAUCAAAAACCUCAAAACUACAGAUGUGCGAGCAAGUAGAGCAGAAGAUUCAGCGACUGGACAGUCAGACUGCCGGCAUCGUGCGCGGAAUCGGCAAACAGGCUGGCGAGGCGGCCAAGAAUGCGGUAGAAGCGCUGAAACUCCGACACAAGGACAUCACGCUCGACUUCUACCGCGUUUGCGAGGAGCGAAACCGGGCCGCCAUGGCCAUGCAGAAGCAGCGGGACCAAUACAGUAUGCGGCCUCCGGCGAAGCCGAUCCGCGGCGCGGAUUUGUUCGAGCCCGGAACGAGUGCCACCGAGAUGAGCACCAUGGGCGAACGCGACGGUCUGAUGCGCGCGGGGCAGACGCAAAUAGACCCUGGCUACACCGACAGUCGGGCGGAAGCCAUGCAAACCGUGCAGCGUGCGAUCGCGGACGUUGGUACUUACAUUAGAUUGAUAACUCCACUCGGACGAGUGUGUAGUGGCUGUAGUUGAAGGAAUUGCUUUCAUACAGCAUGCUCGCAGCAGCCCUCCAUGGCUGCUAGCCGUUAUGUUUGCUUAUUUUGCAUUUUCUUUGUCACGGACUUGCAACGAAUGAAAUCUGGUACUCGGCGUUGCUUACUUAACUACAGGUCAAAUGUUUAAGCGCAUGCGGGACCUUAUCAACGAGCAGGAGUAUGCAGUGAUGAGAAUAGACCAGGACGUCACUGACACCCAGGACAACUUGGAUCAGGCGGAGCGGUCGCUGCUGCAAUACUUAGACAGCAUAAGCUCCAAUCGCAUGCUGAUCCUGAAGGUGUUUGGCAUCAUCAUCGCCUUUAUCAUCAUCUUCAUUGUCUUCCUAUCAUAGGCCAGAGCGCGAUGAAGCUGCCGAAAGUUAAUCGAGCUACCUGUAGUUGUUGUACAUCUGAUAACCUCGGAAGUAGGAACAACGACACAGCGGCGCAUAUUUUAGCUCUACCCCUUGAGAAACGAACACAGCGACACUAUCACUCACGGCAUUGCUCACGAACCGAAAUGUCACAUGUGACAUCACAAAAGACGCGACGAAAGACAAAACACAUGAAAUAAUGCACCUUCAUGGAAUCGUGGUUCACUGGCUCAGUUGCGACCUGAUGGAGUCCAAAUUUUUCUCGAAGCGAAGCGCAGCGCGAGCCUCUAUAAAUGGACAAAGUUCUUAGCAUUUACUGCUACAGCAAAAUACGGAAUUCAAUACUGCGUCC